UGGGGGUUCAGUUUGGGGUAUGAAAUGACUCACAAAGAAAAGUCAGCUUUUAUCCCUGCAGUCCUUGCAGCAUACUGGACAUUGCAUAUGGCAAGGCAGGCAAUGCAAGGCAUUAGUUAGAGCUUUUGGCCAUCUCAGUCAAGAGAUUCAAGUUCCCUAGGAAGAAAAAGUAUCUGGUAAAGCAAGGACAACUGGAAAAUGUCCACCACUACAAACAACUCCUGUGCUAUUGAACAGAUAAUGAGUAAUGUGGCAAACAAUACCUGUGGAAUUGACUUCACCUCUGAUCAGGUCAUUCUCCCUGUGGUGUACGGCUUUGUCUUCUGCAUUGGGCUGCCCACUAACUUCCUGGCCCUUUACGGCCUGUACCAUCUGGUCAAAACUGAGAAUGUCCUUCCCGUCUUCGUCAUCAACCUCCUGUUAUCAGACCUCCUACAAAUCAGCACAUUGCCUUUCUGGAUGGACUAUUACAGGAACAUUCACGUCUGGAAUUUCGGUGCGGGAGCUUGCAGCAUUAUUGGCUGUAUUUUCUAUAUAAGCAUGUUUGUCAGCAUCUUCUUCCUGUGCUGCAUCGCCUUGGAGAGAUAUCUGGCCAUUGUUCAUCCUCUUUGGUUUCGUAAGCAUGGCAAGCUCAGGAACACCUGCUUGAUUUGUGUGGGCCUGUGGGUGUUUGUUAUCUCGGUCACUUCUGUGGCUUUUAAGCUUGGUUUUGAAGAUGCUGAAAGCAGCCUGUGCAUGGAAAAGUACCCCUCUGAUCGGAGCUUUGCUGUUUUUCAAUUGGUUGCCAUGGCAAUAACCUUUCCCCUGCCCUUGUGUUUCCUCGUUUUUCUCUACCGUGGAAUUCAAAGAAACAUCACCAAAGUCAUUUCAGUGCCAGACGAGGAGAAAAAAAGAAUUAUUGGCUUAUUGUCACUUAUCAUAAUCAUCUUCAUUCUGGUCUUUGGUCCCUUCCAUCUCAUGUGUUAUGUGAAUUAUAUGGGGGUUCUCUUAUUUGAAGACAGUUGUGAUUAUGAAUCCAGAACCUUUAUCUAUUUCCAAUUUGCUAUUGGUUUACUUAGCCUCAACAGUGCCCUGGAUCCAAUUAUGUACCUAUUCCUGAGGAAAGACUACAGGAAGGUGGUGGUCAACUCUUUUCCAUACCUACAGAGGUUGAGUAUUUGGAGUUUGGGACUUGCAGCUAAUCAAGCAGACAGCACCUCUGUACAGACUGCACACACAGUGUAGUGUCCCAGACUGUAUAGCUAGAAGAAUUUAGGGUUAAAAUCAAAAAAGUUUUAAUUUGUAUUUCUGUUGUGCUUACUUAACUAUAAUUAACUAGGAUGACUGCAUUUACAGAAUAACGCCCAAGUGCUGCCUUCUACGGUUGUGUGUGUGGUCUGUUUUGACUUAUAACAUGUUUAUAACAUGUUUGGCAGCUGUACAGCAUCAGCAUAAAAAAAAAUGUUAGUAUUGUUUGUGCAAAGAAAAAAAAAAGUACAAUUCACUGAAAAAUGCUGUAAAAUACUUCACAUUUUUCAAAAGUAUAUCUUUAAUAGAUGGCAUUACACAUAUAACAUUAUUUAAUUAUCAGAGCAAAGAAACCAUACAUGCCACUCUUCUCCAGUAAGAUAAUAUAAACUGCAUACACUCAUAUAAAUUAGCAAUACAUUUAAAUACCUAAGCUCCAAAUGCUCCAAUAUUAACUUGGUUCUGUACAGUUUUUUUGAAAUUUCUUUUUUUUUUUUAAUUUUAAUUUUUUAAAGACUGGGAGGGAAAAAAAAAAAAAAAACA